AUGUCUUCUCUCUCCAACCAGCAGCCUGGUUCUCCGUUUUCGGAGUACAGCGAACUGUGUAAGGUCCCCUCCGUGGCCCCUGCCACCCAGGCCUGGGACUGGCAGCAUGGAGACAUGGGGCCCCCCAGGAGUUUCGGAGGGGCCACAGGACUCACAGAUGAGGACAAGCUGUGCUUCUUUGACGCUCCAGCAGGCGGUGGCAUGGAUGCGAAUCGUAAGGUACCCGGCAGGGGGGGCUUUCCUGGGUUAGACAGUGCCGGGGAGAGUCCAGAAAGCCCAGUGUCUUCCUCCCCCUCCCCCAUGGGCUAUGGGAACAACGGUGUCCUACUGCCCCCCGUACCUGGUUCCCCAGCCAGACGCAUGGACAUACCCUCGUCCUCUAGCUCGCUAAAACCAGGCCCAGACAGCACCGGAGCGUGGAACUCCGAGACCCUUCCACCCCAGAAUACUGGUGCCACUAAUUAUUGUGUCAUCGGGGUUGUCAAUGACAACUACCUGGAGAGGCAGGACGAGGACAGCAUGUCAGCACCAGGUGGCCGUCAAAUGGCCGAGGGCUCCUCGGAGGAGAAUGAGGAAGAAGAGGAGGAGGUGAAACUUGAGCCGUGUUUCAUGGGACGUGCUGAACAGCAGCGGAAGGCCAUGCGUCGGACCAUGUCUGAGUGUUCCCACCUCUCAGUACCUUCUAGCCUGGAGCUGCCUGACCAUUACCCUGGUGCUGGGCUGGACGAGUUGACAUCGUCCAUGGGCGCCGCGCGCCGCUCCCCCCACUCCACCAUGAAGCGCUCAAUGACGGUGGCGGACGACCAGGUGCCCCCCACCCUGUCCGCUGCAGGUGCCACCCGCUCCGACCUGAGGCAGGACCAAGACCCCACCUUAAACCUCUUGCCCUUCCCCCCAAUGAAAGACUGUGGGGGCACUUCGCCUCUAGAGGGCAUCAUGGAGGGGAUGGGGGCAGACAAGGAGCAGGACGUGCUGCUGCCUGUACCCUUCAGCAGUCAGGCCUUGAACGGGACAGGCCUGGGCAUGGGCACAAACCUGGGCAUUGGCUUUGGGGCGGGUAAGAGCACCAACCUUGGCACCGGCUUUGGUGAAAGCAUGGGUACCAACCCUUUCACCACACUGGAGGUAAACUCCAAUAAGAUGGACAAACCAGAGAAAGAGGAGAAGAUGGACAACUUUGAGAAGUUGGACCAAUUUAAGAUGCUCGAUAAACUAGACAAAGUGGAGAAGAAGGAUACGACUGCGAAGACUGAAGCGUCAGUGAAGGUGGAGUACGCAGUCCCACUGGACAAAGAAGAGAAGAUAGAUAAAAUGGACAAGGCAGAGAAAACAGAAAAGCUGGAGCCAACAGAUAAGGCAGAAAACACAGAUGAAGAAGAAAAAUCAGAGAAGAUGGAUAAAAUGGACAAGGACAAGAAGACUGACAAGGUAGAGAAGAUGGACAUGGUGCAAAAGACCGACAAAGAAGAAAAAACUGAGAAGAUGGAUAAGGAUGAGAAGACUGACAUGGUAGAGAAGAUGGAUAAGGUGGAAACACCUGAGAAGACAGAACAGAAAGAACAGAGUAUUGAAAAAGUGGAGAAGACCCCAGAAAAACAGGAGACAUCGGUGAAGUUGAACACAUUUGACAAGAUGGAAACACAGUCUGACAAGGAGAAGACAGCCCAUGUUGGAAAGGUAACAGUAACAGCUGAGAAACAAACAGACAGAGCAGAGAAGCCCACAGACAAAGUGGAGGAGGAGAAGACAGGGAAAACAGACAAGGAGAAGAAGACAGAUAAAACAGACAGGGAGGAGGAGGAGAAGAAGAAAAAGACAGAGAAAACAGACAAGGUGGAGGAGGAGAAGAAGACAGAUAAAACAGACAUGGAGGAGGAUGAAAAAUCAGAGAAAAAAGAGCUUAAAAGUCCUGAGAGGAAAACGGACAAGAUAGCAGAGACAGCUGAUAAGGCCAAAAAAACUGCAAGUAAACCUUCAACCAAUGGGAGCGGUGCUGCACCAAGCCGGGACCUGCCAAGUCCAGACAAGAAGAACAAGCCUGUUGCUGGGGCAACCAAACCGAGCACUGCUAAGCCGCGGCCGAUCUCGGCAGCAUCCGUCAGUGCUGCCGCCCCCAAACGCCCCACCCAUUCCUCCACCUCAGCCACACUCAGCAAAAAAACGCCCAUGCCCAAGGCCCCCACCCCCACCACUGCCCACAAGCGACCCUUGUCCGCAGCCAACCUCUCCACAUCUGCCGCCGCCAUCUCCACCCCUGCGCCCCGUGAGGUCAAGUCUAAGACCACAGAGAGACGUCCUCUAGUACCAAAGGCGACCACCACCUCCACGGCUCAAAUUGCUGCCCCCAAAAACGUCUCUGCUACCACGGCAACCAGUAAACCAGCCAUGGCGCCCCGCACCGCCACAAGCACACCCGCAACCAGACGCCCCCUGGCAUCAAAGACUGACAGCAAGCCAGGAGAGGAAAUCAAGCCCAGCACUCUGAAGUCAACAACAGCUGACUCCACCCGGCCCCGGACCAGCACCACCAAUGCCACCCCCCGUGUCCGCCCCACCACCACCAAACCAGCCCCCGCCCCCUCCUCCACAGUACCAGAGAAGAAGCCCCCUGGGCCCCGUGUCCCCCGUCCCACCUCUAACACCACCUGGGGCAAUGUCAGCGCCUCGGGGACCACCUCCCACCCAAGCACAACCCCCGCACCUGACAUCCGCAACGUGCGCUCCAAGAUCGGCUCCACGGACAACAUGAAGUACCAGCCCGGAGGGGGGAAGGUCUCUGGCAGGAGCGACGCACUGGGCCAAGGCUCCUCCUCCAAAGAGACCAGACAGGCCAAAGUUCAGAUAGUCUCCAAAAAGCUGGACUUCAGCCACGUCACCUCACGCUUGGGUUCCAAGGACAAUAUCAAGCAUGUUCCUGGUGGAGGGAAGGUUCAGAUACUCAACAAAAAGGUGGACUUAAGCAAAGUGACAUCAAAGUGUGGCUCCAAGGCCAACAUCAAACACAAGCCUGGAGGCGGCGAUGUGAAGAUCGAGUCCCAGAAAGUGAACUUCAAGGAUAAGGCUAAAUCCAAAGUGGGUUCAAUGGACAACCUGUGUCACGGGCCUGGCGGUGGCAACAUCGAGGCUGAGGGGGCCCAGGAGAUAGCAGAGGGGAAUGAGGUUCCCCCCAGUGAUACCCCAGUUCCAGCCACGGUGCCAGGACAGGCAAGCAGACCCUCCCGGGAGAAUGGGGUAAAGGAGGAUGCCCCCUGCCAGGGCCUCCAUGACCCCCAGGGCCUGGACUCAAGCAUCCCUGAGACAAAUUGAGUCUUUCAAGCUCAACUUCUGCUAGAACGCCUGCUCUCGCACGGAUCAAGGCGCCGACAUCAUAACCUGGCCAGCCCCAGACAACAGCCCCUCACACCUGCAACCCAGUGUCUCUCUCAAUGACUUCCUGGCCUCUGCCGGCUACCCCCAGCCCCCUCCCUCUUCCCCCCGCCAGGGCAUGGGGCAACGGCACACUAGCAGGACUCGGAUCAUGACCUUCAACCCCACACCCCAGUUCCAAACACCUCACCUUUCCUAUGAUCUAAUUCAUGUAUCAUGUUAUUAUGCCUACCCUGCGCUACCUACCUACCGCUGUCCUGUUCCCAUUGGCUGAGCUGACAUUGUACAUACAGUAGACCAAGCUUCAGGCAGGGUGGGAUAUCAAUGGGAGGGUAACGGAGGCUUGCCAUGUUCUCUCUGAUUUGUCUGGUUGUGCUAAUCUUGUAUUAAUGUGCUCGGAGGACUUUCCUAGGAUCAUGGUUUUCCGUUGGUCCCUCUGAUCAGGUGAUGGGAGGGGCGAUGGGCUGUGUUGUAUAUGAACCUUUUCCUUCCUGGCUUUCUGACAACAGCGCUAAUUUUAGAUCAUGUUUCCUGAUCUCUACAAGAGCAGAACAUGGCAGUCACAGUAGCAGACGCCAGUCAUGUCCAGUAUUACAGUACGUACUAGUGCCGUUUUAGUGAGAGCGUAAUCUACCAGGCAACAGCGGCCUUGAACAAACCUGUUUGCUUCGUACAGACACCCCCAUAGACACUACCCAAUGGGAAACCCUCCUAGACUCACCUGUGGGUUACGUACGGAGAGUAAUAUGUGUGUAGCACCCAUGUAGGGCUGCCGUGUGUUCCCAAUAACCAUUGAUUAUGCACUCAGUAUUCACUAACCAUCGACUCACUCACUGGUUCACCUCCCUCCUCUCUUCACUGUCCAUCAUCAGAGCAUUUGAAACUAGUAGACUGUUUGAACAGUAGGCUAUUUAACUCUCUUUAAUCUACGUGUUUGUGAUGGUGUGUUUGAGUGAAUUCUGCUGUAACAAUGAGCUGUGGUGUUCUGUUCCGUUUACUCUCUCUCUCUCUCUCUCUCUCUCUCUCUCUCUCUCUCUCUCUCUCUCUCUCUCUGUCUCUCUAUCUCUCUCUCUCUGUCUCUCUAUCUCUCUCUCUCUCUAUCUCUCUCUCUCUCUCUGUCUCUCUCUCUCUCUCUCUCUCUCUCUCUCUGUCUCUAUCUCUCUCUCUCUCUCUAUCUCUCUCUCUCUCUGUCUCUAUCUCUCUCUCUAUCUCUCUCUCUCGACUUUGGUUUAUUUUCCUCAUCUGUUUUGGUAAAGGUUUUUCUCAUCGUUUCCUUCUUUAUUCGUUUUUCUUUCUCGUACAAGCAAUACGCUGGAUGGUCUAUUUACUGUUAGGACUUUUUUUUUUUUUAAACAAAGGCACACAGUCAUGAAGACGCAACUCUGUUUAGGGCUUUGAGACCGAGGAAGCAUGUUGGGAAUGUGAGGAGGGAGAUAAAGACGGAUAAGAACAGAGAGACAACGAACACUGAGGCGUAGUGAAAAGACGUGUCCACUUCAGUGUGUUAAAAUAACAAUGUGAUGACAGUGGAACAUUCGAUGUUCAAAACAGUUUGCGUAUAUAAUAUGUACAAACUGUUCUGAACCUUGAAUGUUCCACUGUCAGAAUAGUAGUCUGGGAAAGGUGAAGAAAGUUUGGAAGCUUUUAUUUUGAAUACAGUACAAGGGACUUGUGUGAAGAUGAGUUAUUUGAAGGGAAGGGUCUUGGAAAUUGGUGGAGCUGUGUGUCUUGUACGUGCCUCCUGUCCUGUUUACCUGAACCUGGGAUGGAACUCGGGCUGGAAGCUCAAGCUGAUGGGCCCUUGUCCCUGGAGAGUAACAGACCCGUCAUGCCGCCUGGUGGCUCUGCAGUCUGAUUAGGAUUUACAAUAAUUCUAUUUUGUAACUAAUCCUUGUUGUUGUUCCAUUUCAGCUCUUUUCUGAGGGUUCUGGUCAGAUGUGUUUUGACAGUUAUAAGUGGACUAGCUGAAGGACUUCUUUUGUCAGGCUAUUGGCAGUGGAACAUUCGAUGUGGCUUAUUGUACAUGUAGUAAUGUAUCCAACGAUUGCCUCCAAUUGCUUUAUUUUAGUGCAUGGCCAGGUAAUAUCAUGCCCAGAGCAGAAAGCCUAUGUGCAUUAAGACUUGCAGUGUUGUGGUUCAGUAUAUUUGUCCUUGGGGGGCAAAUCAUAGUCAGUGGUUUAUCUUUCCUUAUUAUUGCGUUCUUUGCUUUAGACAGUGGGCAGGAAGAGAGUCAGAGGCUGUCAUUUUGCCUGAAAAUUCUAUUGCAGUUUGGUAUAUAAAUCAGCUAUAUGUUCAUCGGGUUUAUUUGUGUUGGACUCAAAAUGAGGACAGUACAUCAAGUAAUGUUUUUGAGUAAUGAUCUGUUCCCCCCCCCCCCCCCCACGCCCCGCUAAUUCAAGUCAAAAUGUAGACCUCCUAAAAGUAGCACCAACACUCCAAAAUGUGCAAGAAUAAUACAACUGACAUUUUUUAUAUCCUCUUAAAUCAGAGGUAUGGAAACUAUUAAAAGCACCUUAAAGGCUUGAAUAUAUCAAAGAGGGUUCACCAUGAUGGAAAUGUGUAUUUGAUUGAAGCUAUCCCUGGAUAUGUCUGCAAUGCGUAGGGGCCACUUAACCAACACUGUUAAGGAGCUUAGCACACUCCUGUACAGCAUAGAACUGUGUUUCAUAUUGAUGGCCUCCCAUUUUGCACCUAGGACCACCAUGAAAUAUUGUUUGAGGGUAACAAUCUUUUGAGAUGUGUGGAAUAAUCCCCAGAGCCAAAUGUUUUAAGAAAAUAGAUGUUAUUGUUAUCAACAAUAUUUUAAACCAAACCAAUAUCUUGGUUUGUAGAUAUUGAUAUUUGAGAGGUUUGUCGUGCAUCAGAGGAGCGCCUGCUGAGGUGGAUCGUAGUAUGGCCUCUGGUGCCACGUUCCUCUUCUGAUGGGGACAUGUCCUCCUUGUGCCUGUCCACAACCACUUUUACUAUCACUUUCACCCCUGGUCUUCAUGUUCUCUUUGAGAUCUCACACGUUUUUUUUAUUUUAAUAUAGAUUUUGACUGUUUACACACUAUUUCGCCACAGCAACAACAACAAUAUGAAAACAACAAUUGUGUGUGUGUGGGGGGGGGGGGGGGGGGUGUAAUAAGGAUGUUAAGUAUAGCUUUUAUGUUCAUCUACCUUUAACAGAUUUAAUGGUAAUGAGUAAUAUUAAUUAUUAUUAUUAUUGAGCAAGUCUACCUUUUUUCCAAGAAAAGGGCUGCUGAAGUGAAAGAAUGUUCUGGAGGUUUAGUGUACUAAAGAAACAACACUUUUUCUAUGUGUAUUUAUCUUGUGUAUUUAUCUUGUGUUCCCAUUGGUGUGUGGUUGUGUCAGUGGGGGAGUGUUAGAGGGCUUGUGGAAGGCAUAGUAGGGUCUGGUCCAGUUUGUGCAUUGCUGUCUAUUGAACAGCCUUUCUUUCACAAAUUGUAAGAAAUUUGUUAACUUUCACAUAACCUUUGUCCAUCCCCACAACCCCAGUCUUAAGAAAUUUAAAUACUGUUAUUUACAGGAAGGUCUUUUUAGAUGUGAUUUUGACAUUGUAGGAUACAGUGGACGACCUCGCGUUGAUUUGGAAACAAGAUACAUGUAACAUGAAAGGGAUUGAAACUAAUAUGUAUGAAUUGCACUGUAUAACAUACAAAAUGCGUGGAAGAGGGAUUAGAAAUCAGAGUUUGUAUCGGGUCAUUUAGUAACAUAGUUCUGCCCUGGAGUAUCAUGGAAAGCUCCACGUCCUAACACACCUUUGUGUAAGACUAACAGCAGCUGUCAGGUUUGGCUUGUGUUAUACUUAGAGUUCUCCAGUGAUGCAACAAUGAGCUCCAUAGAUCUGCUUCUAGCUGUUAGCACACACAAAGUGUACUGAUAGAAAACACCUACUCAAGAGCAGAAACAAUUGGGAUGUGUUAGGAUGACUUAUGUCAAUUUAUUUUAUUUUAUUUUUGUUUUUUCAUUCAUUUAGAAUUUAUUUUUUGGGUUUUGAAAGAAGUGUUUGUUGUGGUUAAUUGUUCAUUAGUGAUGUGAUGAUUAAAAAUGUAAUAAAAUACAAAUGUUUAAGAUA